CUCGGGCCCGGGCCGAGCUCCCUCCGGCGGACCCGCCAUGUGAGCGGACCCCGACGCCCCCUCGGGUAACUCUUUGCACCAGAAGACAUGGACAGCGGCAGUUUCAUCCAGUUUGACGUUCCGGAGUACAGCAGCACUGUGCUCAGUCAGCUAAACGAGCUUCGCCUGCAGGGGAAGCUCUGCGACAUCAUUGUGCACAUUCAGGGUCAGCCUUUCAGGGCUCACAAAGCCGUUCUCGCUGCCAGUUCUCCGUAUUUCCGCGACCAUUCAGCAUUAAGCACCAUGAGCGGCCUGUCCAUAUCAGUCAUUAAAAACCCCAGCGUCUUCGAACAGUUGCUCUCUUUUUGUUACACUGGAAGGAUGUCUUUGCAGCUGAAGGAUGUUGUCAGUUUUUUAACCGCAGCUAGUUUUCUACAGAUGCAGUGUGUCAUCGAUAAGUGCACACAGAUACUUGAAAGUAUCCAUUCAAAGAUCAGUGUCGGGGAAGUGGACUCGGUCACCGUUGGGGCUGAAGAAGUGCCAGAAAACCACAACGGGGUUAAAGAUGGCAGUUACUUUGCGAAUCCAGUUGAGAUCUCUCCUCCCUAUUGCUCUCAGGUGCGGCAGUCUGCUUCAGGCAGCGACCUGAGAAUGGAAACAACUCCAACCAAGGCUCUGCGAAACCGUCUGCAGGAGGAAGGGCAUUCAGACCGCGGAAGCAGCGGGAGCGUUUCGGAAUAUGAGGUUCAGAUUGAAGGCGACCACGACCAAGGCGAUUCGGGGGUCCGAGAGAGCCAGGCUGCCGAGGUGAAAGUCAAAAUGGAGAAAUCUGACCGGCCGAGUUGCUCAGAUAGCUCCUCGCUCGGCGAUGAUGGUUACCACACAGAAAUGGUUGAUGGAGAGCAAGUGGUCGCCGUCAACGUUGGCUCCUACAGCUCGGUACUGCAGAAUGCCUACUCGUAUUCUCAUGGCGCAUCCCAUUCCGCGAGUGGAUCCGAAACCUUUGGAAGCCUGAGGAACUCCAGCUCCUCCAGGUCCAUGCUCGGCUCUUUCAGAGGCCGUGGGCGCCAAAAGCGGAUCUCCACCAGCCACUUGCACAGCGACGUUUCAGGCCUGGUUCCAGGAGCCGACGGUGAAUCUGCAGCGAAUCAUCCAGGAUAUGAAAGCAAUCCACGGGAAAGGAAUUCAAGGGGCCACUGGUACGCCUACAGCGAAAGGUUAAUCUGCAUAUACUGUGGGAAGUCUUUCAACCAGAAAGGGAGCCUUGAUCGGCACAUGCGAUUGCACAUGGGAAUAACCCCCUUUGUGUGCAAGUAUUGUGGGAAGAAGUACACGCGCAAGGACCAGCUUGAAUACCACAUCCGUGGCCACACAGACGACAAACCUUUCCGCUGCGAGGUCUGCGGGAAAUGUUUUCCUUUCCAAGGCACCCUGAACCAGCACCUGCGGAAGAACCAUCCCGGCAUAGCAGAAGCGAGGAGCAGAGUUGAAUCUCCAGAAAGAACAGAUGCCUAUAUGGAGCAGAGAGACGAUGAUGCCACAGUCUCCGAAAUGUUGGAUUACAGCAUGGAUGUGCACACAUCUGAUUAAAGACUACGUUCCCCAGUGCAAUUCAGACAAAGCACAUUGUUCAAUGCAUUUCCUUCUUGUUCCUUUGAUUAAGUUUCACAACAGUUAUAACAGUGUUGUGAUUUUCCUAAUAUUUUGCAAGUCUUGUGAACAUUGUUCCUGGAUGGAAGGCUACUGUUUUGUUUUGAAGGAGGGAAGGGUUAGCUUUACUCCUGAAAAUGUUUAUAAAGGGCAGGUUAUAGAAAACGAUGCACUUCGUAGUAGGGUGGGUGAGUGGGUGUUCAACAGUGAAAGAUAUUAGAAUAAGGCGGAUAUUGUUGGCUGAUAAACCAUCGUGUAUUCUCUCUUGUAGUGCUUUGUGCAGCCCAAUCUUAUGCACAUGUGCUUGGAUACAAGCCCUCCUGAGUUCAGUAGGACUUAUUCCCAGGUAGCUUGCUAGGAUUGCAGCCUUAACCAAACAGAAAUUAUAUAGGAGCAUAGAAAUGCUUUCCAGAGGUCCCAUCCAUGUGUCAUACUAAGUUGUGGGUGUGGGUGGGGUUUUAUUUGUUUUUGGAAUAACUAUUUUGAUAGCUUUGAAUUUUAUAUAAUAUAUAUUAUAUAUAAACAUAUAUAAAAUGUUCACUUUUUCUCUUCUGGUUGGGGGUGAAUGUAGAAAUAUCUUAAGUGGGAAAAAAAACCUCGCUCUAUAAGGCUUUCAACUCUUAAUCCUCUCUUUAGGGGCUUUUUUUGGAUUUUUUUUCCCAUGAAACUUUGCUCUUUUUUUCCCACGUUUAAAUAAUUGUGUCCAAAAGUGAGCAGAGCUUAUUUUGAAAUAGCUUUUGCUGCAUAACAUACGUAAACCAAAUGCCAUAAACAUAUUAACUUAUGAUGGGGACUGUUUGGGGGGUUUUGUCUAGAGUAUAAACUGGACAACCUGUGGUGCUGACCCUUUUUUAUAUAGAAAUGUAUUGUUAUAUUAGCAAACUCUCAGAAGUAGCAUUGUGGUUUUAAAUGUUUUUUACUGUCCUCAGAAUCUACCUUCAUUUCGUACUGUAGAAGCAUACCAGGUCAAUCAAUCUUACCUUAAUCACGCUGAAUAUAUACAGUUGGUUUAAUAGUAAGCUAAAAGGGAUCUUGUAGUCAAAUCUACAGUAUUUCAGAGCAGUAUUCUAGUGGAUCUCUUCUGUGGAGAAGAUUUCAGGUGCACCGUGACUUACUAUUUAUCAUUUUCAAGCAAAGCUGAAGCACUUGUAUUUUUACUUUUUUUAAAUGAUGUUAUAUGGGAAUGAUGAGCAAUAUGUCCUGUUGUAUUAGAGGGGCUUUUUGGCCUCUGCAAUUUCAAUGACUCUUCAGUAUUUUUUCAUAAAAGAGCCAAUAACAAACAUAGUUACAUAUUUUAUUUUUCAGAACCCUGUUUUCUUUCCUUCAAACAUGGUAUCUAUCAAUGUGGUGCUAACUUUUUUCUCUGAAGUCAGUAUGGCUUAGAAAAUGUGAAACUGAACGAUAGCAGAGUGACCUAACUUUCUGGUUAGACUAUUUGUCUGAAACUUCGAAAGUGUGAGCUGGCAGACGUUACUGUAUAAAAAUUCUAUGGUAUAAUCAGAAUUUGGAUUUUGUUAAACCUAUCUGUAAGCAUAUAGUUAAGCUUGGCCGAAUGGGACCCUUUAGGGAAAUGCCUUUGCUCUAGAGGCACAAAGUUUCUGCUCUAGCGGCACAAGAAAGAAAGAUUUGCCCAAGCUGUUUGCUGCUGUUGUACUUCAGUUUCUGAUGCAUUUCCUGGCUGAGUGAACAGAGCAGUGGAGUCAAUUGGUGUUAAAAUGAUGCCAUCGCGAGUAUGGGCAAAAGCACAAAGAGAGCCGUCUUGUUUGCUGAGCUUGAACAGGUGCAUUUGGAGUUCUCGCAAUCUCAGCUUUCUCUCGUCUUCACUUGCCCAUAGUAAUGUACUGUUCCCCCUAAGUAAAUUGUGUGUGUGUGUGUGCGUGUGUUGCAUUCCUGUAGACACAAAAUUAAGCAAAAUAGCAAAUGCUGCAUAGGAAUCUAUUUACACCUCUGCCAAAUCAGGAUGUUGAGAUCGUGUGAAUGUUUUACUAACCUCAAGGUUAUUUAUUUGUAUUCGAGUAAGUCUACAUUUGAAUCUGAGCCUCUGCUUAAUUUUUGUUAUGAUUCCCUAAACUUCUCACAACUGUGAAUUUUAUUAUCUGAUGAUAAAUGUGUGACUCUUCUUUAUGGGUAAUCAUAACCUUCCAUCCAAAUUCUCAUUCUACUGAGGCUACUUCUGUAUUUCAUUUGAUUUGCAUUCUGGGGUUUUAAACACUGAAAAUACAGCUGUGGUUAUACUGCGAAUAGCUGAGAUGUGGUUACUGGAUCUUGUGAAAACCUUUGCAGAGUUAGUGGGAAGCAUCUUAUUAAGUGCAGGCAGUUUAUACAACAGGCAGCGCGCCCCCCAACCCGCCCCCAAUCUUCUUUCCUGUUCAGAUUAUUGGUAAACAAAAAUAAGCUUGCUGGCUUGCAGUGGUUUUGAGAGUUUGCAACAUUGUUUGAGAUUUGAAUGAUUUUAGACAUCCUGGAGAAUAGAAUUUUGCAGUAUUCUUAGAAUGAACUUUUCAUUACUGUCAUGGUAGCCAGUAAUAAGGAUUAACAUUAGUACAACUUACAGUAAAUCAAGUCUGCUUCAUAGAUGGGGUUUUAGUUAAACUGGGUAUGUAAUCAGACUUUUCCUUCCAAAGCUGCCUAAGAGAUUCUUUCCUCCACCUCCCCAAAGCAACACUGACAUUUCUGCUUGCUUGCUUCUUCUGCUAGAAACUAGGACCAGAUCAAAAGGGCCAUGCAUCAUGUGUCAUAAGUUCACAAGGGCUUUUCCUACUCUCCCUUCCCUCUAUAGCCUCCUCGUGCCCCCAGAAAUUGGCUUCUGAGGGCUGGGAGACUCUCCAGAGUAACGUGCAAUGCAUUGCACCGAGGGGCAGUGUGGGAGGGUCAGGUGGAAUUGGGUGACACACUGGCCCCACCUGCGCAGGGACGUUCAGCGGCCUCUUUGGGUCCUGGCCUGUACAGGGUGUAUCAAGGGGAAGUUACAUCUUUAUUCUUUUAUCCUCUUAAUACAUAUUAAGACAUAUGUCUGUUUUAUUAAACCUUUUUCUGAAGUAGUGUAGUUUUGAUUGCGUUUCAGAGACCCUCUAAGAGACGUUCAGACAUGCAGAGUUAAAUUCCACCCUUUAAUGGUGAACCUUUGCUGUGGUGCCUUUUAAGCCAAUUGGCUUACCCCGGAAUUAAUUACCCCGAAGUAUGAAUUAAGAAAAUAAGGGAAGGGCAAUUAGCUUUGUGUUCCCUGCUUUUCCCCCUACGUCAGUCUUAAAAGUUGUUUUAAAUCUUGUAGUCUUUUUUUAAAACUUUUAAACUUGUUUGAGCUGGUUUGAGUUUACCAAAGAGUGACUUAUCCAAAAUUAUUCAUUUUGAUUGUACAGGUUCCAGGUUCAAAGCAUGUGGUGGGACUGUUAGCAGCCUCGAAGUUAUCAGUCUGGCAACACCCUCAUUCAAGAGAUUUUUUUUUUAAAUUCCAUGUCUGCUUGCUUGUGCAUAUAUUAUUUAUCCCUUCCCACUGCCUACUGGGGUUAAGAAUUAUCAAGCCAUAAUAUAGUACUGUAAAGAUCAGAGAGUUUCAUAGGACAUGCAGAGGCAACGCUAGGGGUGUAAUCUGGAGAAGUGGAUGUGUGCAUCUUCCAUUACUUUCCAUGAGAUUUGAACAUGCUUAAAGGCCUGUUCACACAAGACCAUUUAGUGGCCAGGUGACAUAGGCGUUAGCAAACAGUAUCCCUGCUCACCUUUGGAUGUGCAGUUUUGUGGACAAGCAACAUGGGAGACCAGGCAGUCAUGAAGAGUAUGCAGAGCUCCCGACACAAACAUUUACUGGCAUUUUCUUUAAUAGUUCCAUCAAUUGAUUGCUCGAUAAUAGUUCUUUGAGGCAUUCUUCCCCCACUCCCUGUCCUGUGUUACCUGCACUGAGUCGUUGCAUUGUUACACUGCUCAUUACUGCUUAAAAUUAUUUCUAGGUCACCUUUUAGGAUAGAGCCCUCUUCCGGAAGCAUACAAAAUGAAGCGGUAUCAGUAAUAUCCAUAAAAACUAUUCAAAAUUUCAUCACAACAGAUACUGCCAGUUAAAAGCAAUGAAAGCAAGCUUGCCAAUAGAAGGCAGUACCCCUGACAGCACAUGAUGGGCAUAUCGUGAGCGGAGCCGGCUGGAGCCGGGGGUCAGACUAGAUGGCCCGGGAGGACCCUUCUGACUCGCUCUGUUUCUAUGUUUCUUCCUGAAGAGCGGCAAAGAAGGGGCAUGCCAAAGUUCUGGUAGAAGUUGAUUCCAGAGGUACAUGUUCAAGCAGAAGUCAGAGAACUGCUAUUUCGGGUAGCCGCUGCACCUGCCCUUUAAGUGGAGGAACCACUCCCUGCUUUACCCAUGACUGCCUAGUUCUCCUGUCCAAGUUGCCCACAUCAGUCCACAAGUUCCCCAAAAUGGCCAGAGGGGAAUCCUUGCACAGGGGCCCCCAUCUUGUCUCCCUUGGACUUUGCCCUUUGAGACGGGAGAGACCGGCCGGUGAUAAACUUCAGCUGCAGCAGCAGCAGCUUCUGAAGUGUGCCUUGUUGCAUCGCGGUUCCAUGGUCACCAUUUGAAAUGUCAUAUCUUAGGCCCACCGUGGCACGUGGCAUGUUUUGAACGCGAUUGGGUGAAUUCCAAAAGCGACUGCGCGGUCCCAACUUGCUGUGCAGUUGCAGAGUAGGGCAGAACUGUUAAUACAUUUCAUUUACAAUAAAUGCAGCGGAUAAGGAAAUCCGUGUGAUCUAUGAAACGUUGGGUUAAAAUAUGUGAAACUAUAAGGCUGGUUCAUAAUUGAGUCUCUUAAUCUACCUUGUUAGCUACAUAGACAAUGUGAAGAGACAGGUGACGGUGUCCUUUUUUUCUUUAGAUGUUUAACCUAUUUACAAACUGUGAAAACAAAAAUUUAUACUUUUUUGCUAAUGUUUGUGGUUUUAAGCAGCUGUUAAUUUUUCCCUAACUGAUUUAUCUUCCAUAUAAUUUCUAUUGAAGUUGUAAAUAAAUUCAGAAAAUAGCUUUGUAAAUAAGUGAGGGGUUUUUAAAGUAACAGCGCCUCACAGUUGGUUCUGUAUUCAAGUAUGAAUGGUUUUAGUAGCAGAAAGGAUACUGUCUGUUCACUGUUUGGCAGAAUUUACUGUAAGCUGAAAUCAGGGAUGAUCACCUGAAAGGAGGAUUUCUAGAACUGCAGAAGCCACCAUCUUAGCCCUUCAAAGUGUGAGAAAUUACUAGAACUUUUGUGUCUUACGCACUUAGGGCUUUUGCAGACAUAACAGAACUGAUCUAGCCAGUUUCCUCCCUCACCCUUAAAGCCCAGUUAGAUGUUGGACUUGAUGUUAAUUGCAAUUAAGGUGACCCACAUCCUCCACUUACCUAUUAUUCUUAAUCAGCUUCAAAACCUGGUUCAGAAUCAUAGCUAAGCAGGUCAGCUGGUGCGGCUUAACCAUGGUUGAAGUAAGAGGUGAGGACUUGCUCUAGGUCAGUCUCUUUAGUCAUGGCUGAGAUCUGAUCUUUUGUCACCCCAAAAUGGUGUCAACGGUGCGCACUUGGCAGGGAGCGUGCAAGCUGCAUGAAGGGCUGACAUGAAGGUAGCACAUAACCCAUCUCUGAGUUCGAGCGCGCCUGACCUAAAUUGAAUUUGUAGAAGUCUCUUACAGGUCCCAGACUACAUGCGGUCUCUUUUAUUUCUAGAUAAAAUUAAGUUGUUCUUUGAAGUAAUUCUCGUGGGCUAACAUACAGGAAGACUGGCAGGAAUCUUAAAAACAAGGGCUGGGAAAGAAUGGUGCGGCUGAGCUUUACCUUUACAAAAACGUAUCUUAUCUGAAAUGAUGUUUGUUUAGUUUACUGUGACUUCUUUUUUGACAUCUGAAAGGGUUUCACGUGGAAGCCACUGAAAAGGGACUCAAAUAUGCAACACCUAAUCUAUUUUCUAAGGGAAUUUUACCCUUGAAUGGUGCUUUUAGACUGGUCAGGGUUAUUUAUUAAAUUUUUAUAUAUUUUAAAGUAUUUGGGAAUUGUGUAAAUCCUUUAUAUAAAUAUAUAUAUAUGAAUCUAUUUAGUUCAUGAAUUGUAAGCAACAGUAAUACUCAGCAACUGAACCCAAAGUUCAGUGAAGUCAUUCAGAAUGUUCAGAGUUUGGCAGUCCUGCCAUCUUUUCGCCAAAUACCUAUACAGGUAUUUAACUUUGCACCCUGUUAAUGUGCCGCCACUCUUAAAGUGGACGUGUUAAUUCAGAUUACCUAACAGUGCUAUACAGGAAUUGGGUCUGAGGGUAUUCUCGUUUGUUCUCACUCGGAGAUGUGGAGCAAAGAAUGGGUAAGGACCUGUUUUCAAAGACAUGGGACUUGGCUGGUGCUCUUACUGUUGGGACACCUCCGUGGUUUUCAGGGCUGGCCUGGAAGGAGCGCCCCAAUUCCUUCAAAUCAUUUGUGGGACGGAUCCACAAGAAGGUGUGGCGAUCCAAACUAGUCCACAGCCAGCAGUGGGAACUACUGACGUGUUGUUGACUUUGUGAACAGGCCUCAGUUGGCCAGCAGACUUGGUCCAUCCUGGAACAGGGAUGGGCAGAUCUCAGGUUUCCGGGAUCUACUUUUUUCUAUUUUACUAUGUUUCCAUUAUUAUUCCGUUGCACUUCUAUCUCACCGUUCUUCCUCUUGCAAGGAAGCCAUUUACAAAGUCUUCCUCUCCAGAAGCCCAAGGUACACUAAUCAGAUAGGGGCACAUUAAUGAAUCAGUAGGGUGGACAUAAUGCUUUAAAAUCAAGGACCAGUGUACCUCUGAGCAUAUUCUAAGCCAAGGAACUUGUUUUCAGUACUAGAACUGAACCCUGGUCCUUUCAGAUCCGUCCCCCCUGCUGUCGCAGCUUUGUUUCAAGUGGUCUUUGUUUAAUAAUCAGGACUUGGAAACCCUUCCUUAUAUAUUGCAAACUUCUCUGAAUAUCCAGAUCUACCUUCCCCUGUUCUUGAACGUGCUUUGACAUCUAGCAGUUCCUUGUCAGAAAAGUCUGAUGUAGAAAACAAUCCCUGAAGAUAGGAAAAAAGGGAAAACAUAGGCAUCCCAGGAAGUUAAUCUUUGGACUUUGCUAAAGUCUUGUUUACACCUCUUUUGAUUAGAUGAGAAAAUCAUGGCAGACUUGCAUGAUAUAGCUAGUUUUGGUUUACCAGAAAAAUGGUAUUUUUAAGUAAACUAUCAUUUAUGCAUAGCUUUUGUUUUCCUCAUCAAUAUUUGAACACUUUGAAUGACUUACCUCAGUGUCAAUAUCUUGCAAUAUUAAACCGGUAACCUCACAAACUCCACACUUCAUCACCAUAUGAAGUAAAUGAAGCUAGCUAAAGCGGAUGCUGUUAAAGCAACGAACUUGCCAUUAAGGAUUAUUUUAUAGCAUGAAAUAUUUUAGAAUAUUUAUUCAAAUGAUAUUUUACUCUUGUACUCAGAUUUUUUGUUUGUUUUUAGAUUUUGUGACAUGAAUAUUUCAGUGCUGCUUUAUUUUGUUCUGAUGGAUUUCUUGUUCUUUGCUUGUAAAUUGCCUUUUUUAUGGUAUAAAUAAAGUCAAUGGGGAUUGCUGUUUAUAAAUUAAAAUGCUUCUGAAGCACA